UAUCGGGAGUUGUGAAUGAAACCCGUCCUCCAGUGCUGCUUCCCCCCACUGCUUCUAAUGCUUCCCCCCUUUGAACUUCUAGUGGGGGUUUCAAGCGUUCUGCGGUUAACGAGUCUCGUUUUUGUUUACCGAUAACUCGGCACCUUGAUAGCAUCAGAUGUAGUGUAAGCAACUAUUGUGGUAUUCGUGUAUUUUAAUUAUUGUUAACCCGGCAAAAGCUAAGAACGACGAUUCUGGAGCAUACGCCAGAGAGCACACCUUCCUUUCUUAUUUUCAUGACAUUUCAAUCAAUCAUCGGUUUGAAUGCAUGUUUUUUCAGCUUUACCUUUAAAAAAUACCGUAUUGCACAUUACUUUAAUUGUUUGAAAUUUUGAAUAUAUAUAUUGGAUAAUUAGAGAUGAAAUAACUGAAAUUAGCGCGUAUCUCAUAAAUAAAUUCUAAGAAAAAGCCUAAUCCUACGAAUGUUACAGGAUUUGGAAGACUAUUAUUUUCUUCCAAACUUCAAUGACAAGUUUUCAGCCCAAUGAAUUAAAGAGCUUCCUUCUUUUAUAUGCCUCUCAAACAGGUCAAGCAAAAGCCAUUGCAGAAGAAAUUGCUGACUCUGCUCCUUCAUAUGGACUGAAAGCAGAUAUUUGUUGUCUUAGUUUGACAGAUAAAAGGUUCUGUAUUGAAAAUGAAACCUGUGUUGUCUUUAUCGUUUCCACUACUGGUGAUGGGGAACCUCCCGAUACAGCUGUGAAAUUUUUUCGCCGUAUAAGUCGUCAUACACUUAAGAGCAAUUUCUUAGAGAAAUUAUAUUAUACCUUAUUAGCUCUUGGGGACUCAAAUUACAUAAAAUUUUGCUUCUUUGGCCGUUUGUUGGACCGAAAAUUAAGAAGCUUAUCAGCUAAGCCGUUUUAUGACAUUGGAUUUGGAGAUGAUGCCUUUGGCAUUGAAACUGGUGUUGACCCAUGGUUGUAUAGUUUAUGGCCAGCUCUGCAAAAACAACUUGGUUUUGAUCUAAUAGCAAAAAAUUAUUUCAUUCCUGAUUUACAAAAUAUGGACCAAGAAUUUUUAAAAAACUCUAAUCUGACUUCAGUAUUAUCUCUCUCUGAUGAGGAAAUAAAAAACCUCACAAUUGGAAAAUUACCAUCUUUAUUGGAAAACUGCCAAGUCGAAAAUUUAAAUUUUCCAAAACUUCCAUCUCCUACACUAGAAAUAACAUUUGUAGAAAAUGAAAAGAAAGUUUGUUUUAUUCCUAAUACAAGUAUCCUGAAUUCAAAAGCAUCUGAACUUUUCAAAGUUAAACUGACUGAGGCUAAAAAAUUAUCUUUUGGUAAAAAUGUCAAGAAUGUUCUUGAACUUACUUUUCAGUUUGAAGAUGAAGAUGGUGCUUUUGUACCUGGUGAUUCUUUUGGAUUUAUUUGCUCGAAUCCUUUAAAUGAAGUGGAUACCUUACUAAAUAGAUUAAAUAUCUCUCAUCAUGCUGAGAGUCCAGUGAUUUUAUGUAUUCCUAAAUCAAGUAUUAGUAAAAAGAAAUUGCCUGCACACCUGCAGUCUUAUUUGACAUUAAAAGAUUUAUUUUUACAUUGUGUUGAAAUUCGAUCUGUGCCUAAAAAAAUACUACUUCGAAUUCUUGCAGAGUAUACUUCUGAUGUUAAAGAAAAAAAGGCUUUGCUUUUCCUUAGCAGUCCAGUAGGAGCAAAAUUUUAUACCAUAUGCAUUAGGAAUCCUUCAAUUUGUAUUCUUGACAUAUUAAUGCAGUUUAAAUCCUGCAUUCCACCUGUUGAAAUAUUAUUAGAACAUCUACCAUUUUUGAAACCGAGAUUUUAUUCAGUUGCAAGCUCUCCAUUGGAAAGUAGUUCAAGUUUCAAAAUACUUUUCAAUGUUUUAAAUUUUCUGAAAGAAGACGGAAGAGCCCUAGAGAGACAUGGUAUUUGUACUGGCUUAUUUUACAGAAUGUUUUCAGAAUUUCAAGAAAUUAGUGAAUCUAAUAUGUCUUUGGAAAAUAAAAUGUCCUUGCUAACUUUAGAAUAUAACAAGUUCAAUUUUUAUUGUUACAAAAGGGUGAAUAAUUACUUUCAUUUACCGGAAGAUUUAAAGUAUCCUAUCAUUAUGGUAGGACCUGGAACAGGUGUAGCUCCAUUUAUUGGAUUUUUGCAUCAUUGUGAAAAAUUAAUGGAAACGAAUGUUGAAGAAAAUGGCUGCUGUGAAAUCUGGCUCUUCUAUGGUUGUCGCUAUGAUGAUAAGGACUUUUUAUAUAAAUUUGAACUUCAGAGGAUGAAGUCAAUUGGUGUUUUAUCCCAUCUCAUGGUUUCAUUUUCUCGUGAAACUCCAUUACCAUCAGGUGUAACUUCUAGAUAUGUUCAUGAAAGUAUCAGGCAAAAUUGUAAUGCAAUUGCUGCUGCUGUAAAUGCCAAUGGAAAAAUAUAUGUUUGUGGAGAUGCAAAACACAUGGCUCAUGAUGUUCAACAGGCAUUCAUAGAUGUCUUUCAAGAAAGCUCAAAUAUGUCAGCAUCUGAAGCAAAAUCUUUUGUACAGAAACUUCAAGCAGAACAUAGGUAUGUCAAUGAUGUGUGGGUAUGAUCUGCUGAUAAAGCUAUUUAGAAGUAAAAAUUAUUGUAUAUUUCUUCUUUCAUCUAAAAUGUUAUCUUUCUUAAUUAUAGUAACUUAUAAGUGUGCUUAAAAGACAAUAAUCAUUUCAUUUUCUCCAGUAAAAAUUUAUUAUUUUCCAAUAAUAAUGCACUUUUAUACAAUAUAUAUAUAUAAUAAAACUGCAAUUUUUCUUCUUAAUCCAAGAAAUGAUUAUUUUCUUUUAAAAUUUGGCAUUUUGAAAACCUUUUAUAUAUUUUUUUUCCAUCAAACUAUUACAGUUAAGUCUUUGACAA